AUGUUAGAUUCGAACACAACCGACUUCAGCAACCCCUCCACCUUCAUCCUGCUGGGAAUUCCUGGCCUGGAGGUUGCCCAUGUCUGGAUCUCCAUCCCCUUCUGCACCAUGUACAUCAUAGCCAUCUUGGGGAACUUUACCAUUCUUUUCAUUGUGAAAAGGGAGCCGAGCCUCCAUGGGCCCAUGUUCUAUUUCCUCUGCAUGCUGACCAUCAGCGAUCUGGUCCUGUCCACAGCCACCCAACCCAAACUGCUGAGCAUCUUCUGGUUCAAUUCCAGAGAGAUCAGUUUCAGUGCCUGCCUCACCCAGAUGUAUUUCGUUCACUGCUUCUCAGGGAUGGGGUCUGGUACCCUCAUGUCCAUGGCUUUUGAUCGCUACAUGGCCAUCUGCCAUCCUCUGGGAUAUUCCACCACCCUGACAAACUCUGUUGUGACCACUAUAGGCCUGGCCGUGGUGCUGCGCAGUGGCAUACUUGCAUUACCCUAUCCCUUCCUGGCGAGGCGGUGGCCAUAUUGCAGAACCAGCAUCAUCCCUCACUUCCAUUGUCGGCAUAUAGCUGUGGUGAAGCUGGCCUGCACUGACAUCAGCAUCAGUAGUUACUAUGGCCUGUUUGAUCUUUUUUCUGUGAUCGGAAUGGGCAUGUUCUUUAUCUCAGUGUCCUAUAUUCAGAUCCUCUGGGCCAUCUUCCGCCUCCCCACAAAGGAUGCCCAGCUCAAAACUUUUGGGACCUUCAUCUCUCAUCUUUGUGCCAUCUUAGCUUUUUACAUCCCACAUUUAUUCUUCUCUCUCAUGUUCUGGUUUGGCCGCAAUGUGCCACUGCACUUCCUCGUUCUCACUGCCAGUGUGUGCGACCUGGUUCCCCCUGUGCUACACUCCAUCAUUUACGAGGUGAGUACCAAACAGACCUGGGGCAGGCUGCUCCAGCUCUUUACUCAUAAAGAGACCUAA